GGGCCGGGGCUACGCGCUAGCGCGCACAGUGGCUGAUGCUCUCGGCUAGCCAAUGGAGUCCUGGCUCUCCCGGGGGCGGGGCCUCGCGGGUCAGCCAAUGGGUAGCCGGCUCGCGGCGGGUGGGGCCUGCGCUGCAGCGGCGGGAGCGGUGGAGGAGUGGCUGGGAGCUGCCGUCUCCGCGCCAGGUAGACCGCGGCCGGCCGCUCGAGGUCCGCGUGUGUGGUCCAGGAAGGGCUGUCUAGGAAGCUCAACCGCGACUCCCAGACGAGGCCGGAUCGGACGCAGCCAUGACCGAGGCGGCCCCUGCUCCGGACUGGCAUGUGGGGACUGACCUCCAACAGCAGGCCCAGAUCCAGUCUGCAGAGAUCUCCCUUUUAGCUCUCCUGGCUGCUGUUCAGGCAGUGGAGAAGAAAACGGUGUCCCAGGCUGUCCACCUUCAAAGCCUGGAAGUGCGAACAGGGUCAGCCGAGAAGAAGCUGGCUGACUUCGAGAAGACAGCUGUGGAGCUCAGCAGCCAGCUGGAGGGCAAGUGGGCCGUGCUGGGGACCCUGCUGCAGGAGUACGGGCUGCUGCAGCGGCGGCUGGAGGACCUGGAGAACCAGAUGCAAAACCGGAACUCCUGGGUCCUGAGGCUGCCCCCCAACAGCAAGGAUGAAGCCCCCAAGAUUUCUGUGACUGCUGAGGAGAUGGCUGGGUGUUUCCAGGAGCACCAGGAAGGCAGCCCAGAAGACUGGCAGAAGGAGCUCUGCAAGCAUGGAGCAAAGGAAAGCCAGGAGGUGCUGGGCUCUCUGGAAACAGGCCAGCUGGAAUCUGCCCCGAGUGUUCUUCCCUGGAUCAAGCAAGAGGAAGAGGCAUAUGAGAAGAGUCUGCAGGAGACAACCAGUGCAUACAUAUGCUCAGAAACCUGGCUGUCUACUAAGAAAAGGACCCUGGAGGGAGAGUCCAUGGCACCGGCACCAUCCUGGGCAACUGAGGGGAGAGCUGGCAGGGAGGACUUUGAGCAGGGAACCUGUGGGGAUCUGCUCCCUGUUUCCAGGGAAAGAGAGGUGGCGUCCCUGUCCCGAGGCCCUCAGAGUCAACCUGUGCCAGCCACCGAGGGCGCCGAGAGCGUGCAGAGCUUCAGUGCCAGAGAGCUCAGCGCGCAGCACGGACACCCACACCACGGCUCUCAGCCCUUUGCUGGUCUCCAGGCUCCCCAGAGCGCUCCACCGCAGGUCGCUCUCUCCAGGAACCGCCGUGCACCCGCAGCCCAUCGUGCCUACACCUGUGUCCAGUGUGGCAAGAGCUUUGUCCACCAGUCAACACUUACCACGCACUAUCGCACUCACACUGGGGAGAAGCCUUACAAAUGUGCCGAGUGUGAGAAGCGCUUUGGCCGCCUGUCCACGCUGCUGGAGCACCAACGCACCCACACCGGAGAGCGGCCUUUCCCGUGUGCGCAGUGCGGCCGUCGUUUUGGGCGCCUGUCCACUCUGGUGGAACAUCGGCGCACCCACACGGGUGAGAAGCCAUUUCCAUGUACCCAGUGUGACAAACGUUUCACGCGCCUGGCCAACCUGACCGUGCACCAGAGCGUGCACUCUGGCGAGCAUGCUUUCCAGUGCACCCAGUGUGGCUCUUGCUUUACGCACAAGCCCAGUUUCCUGCGGCACCUGCGCAGCCACUCUCAGGAGAAGCGGUUCACCUGUGGCCAGUGUGGCAAGAGCUUCACCUGUCGCUCGUGGCUGGUGCGCCACCAGGGCAGUCAUGCUCGCUCAGCCUCCCCGGCUCUCGUGGCCUGUGAGAAGAGCUCACCAAGUUUCGCGUCGCCUGCAGGUCUCCUGAAAGGUUCAGCUAGGGUAAAGUUCACCAGAGACCCUUCCGUCUCACCCAGAUCCAAGGACACUGAGGCCAGUCAGGACUACAGAGCAUACAGUGGAGGUCAGCAGCUCAGCAGCCAUGGGCAGGAAGGUCUGGUGGGCUCUCUGCAUAAUUGUCUGCCUGUAAAGAUGGAGAAGGCAGGGUAGCACUCAGCUCUAUAAUGAGGCCACUAGGACACGGGGACACUGGGUCCCCUUGAAUCCCAGCUGCCUCUCCUGAGGGGAAGGAACUUGUUGGGUCAGAUGGGUGGUCCCUAUCAUUGGCUAGGCUUCCCAGAGGUGACUCCCAUGGACCACAGGUGCCAAGUGUCCCUGGGAACCUUGCUGCAGAUAAGCUUUGUGUACACAGGAAAUGCUGCAGAAGCAGUGGAAGGGAAGAAUGAAGAGUGUUAUCUGCCAGCAGCUGAAGAGUUCCCUGGGAUCCUGGUGGCCGCCAUCACCGUCUUACCAGUUUAGGCAGCAACACGGGCUUUUCACCUGUCAAAGGUGGCUGGCCAGUUAGGCAUGAUGCAGUUUUGAAGAAUUGAGUGGCUCGGUUUCUGCUUUACAAGAUUUCCCUAGCGCGGGGGCUGAGGAUGUGACUCAAUAGUGUUCGUCUAGCAUGCGUGGAUGGAGCCGUGGUUAGAUCGCCAGCAUCAAGUUAAGCUGGCUGUGAUAGCACAUGCCUGUAAACUUCAUGUUCCUGUGAAAACAGGAGGAUCAGAAGUACAAGGUUGAGUCUGGCUACAUGAGACCCUGUUUCAAAAAACAGAAAAAAAAUAUCCUUACGAGUUCGAAGUCCUAGUUGUCAGAUAGCCCAUCUUUCUCACCAGUGGCCACUGCUUGUGUAACAGCAUGUGUAUUACCGAAGACUAAGUAGGGGGACUGGGGCUGUUAGUGUCAUUGACCCUGCUUUGGAGGACUGGGUAAACAGGCCUGUGCUGCUUGCUAUGCACUCUGGAUCGUCUGUCCAGAGCUGGUUUUCACCGAAGGUCUGUGUAGCCAGUUUUGCUAUUUGUGGUUUCUUCUUUUUCCUAUCCUUUAUCCCCACCCCCACCCCACCCCACCCCACUCCUGUUUCACCCCCUACAUCUAGAUCGAAACAAGUAUAGAGAGGAGGGAGGAAUUAGAAAAACCCUGAAUCUAAUUUCUUUCCUUUUGUUUCUUCUUUGACCAUGGCUACUAAGAACGUAAACCACCAUCCUAAAUGCCAACAACCAUCCCCAACGAGGCCUCCUGGGGCUAACAUUUGUAUACCCUCUGAAAAGUUCCCAGAAUUCCAAAUGUCACAAAAUUGAAAAAACUACCUUCAGCUGGCAAACCACACCUCUGCUAGUGCACCAGGAAAUGACAGUCGGCUGCUGUGGACAUCCCCAUACCUGGGAUUAAAACCAAAAAACAUUGUUGUGAUAGUUCUGUGUUUUAUAGAGAAACCAAAAUUCCAGAAAUGUCACUACAUUUCCCCCCUUGUUUUAAGCCAUUAAUUAUGCUGAGUAUAACAAGAUUGUAUAAACAGAGACAUUUUCAGUGUUGUAAGUACUUUUCAGGUUAGUGGCCAAGGUUUUUGGGAGAUCUCUCCUGCUCAGUUCUAAUCUUUAUCUGUUUUGAUGGUAUCCACAGUUUUUGAUUUCCUGUGGAAAUAUAAGCAAAUCUGCAGCCCCAACACAAAAGUUCCACUGGCUUCCAUUCUGAUGUUAACACAUCCUUAUAGGAUGUAGUGUGUAGACUGAUUUAAUUUCAGAGGUUUUUUUAUAACCCAGUGUCUCUUGACUGCUGCUGUUCCUUUCUCAUUACCAUUCAGAAAAUUUAAAGUUAGCAGAGCACUAUUUAGUCUAUCCUUGGUCCUACAGAAUUGUGUGGUGUACCUGUAAUGGGCUUUAUAUUAUAAUAUGCUAAGAAUUGCUUCAUCUUACUGGAGACAUGCAGGGCCAUUGUCAGUCUUUAUUUGUACUUUAUUUGCCAUUACUUCCAAUAAACGUGUAAUUACAGACUCAGCCUUCUCAGAACUCAAA